CAUACGCGCGCGUGGUGUGCUGUAUAGAUGGAUGCGACUCUUUAACAUGUAGAUUCAACCGACAAGGUAAUAAAAUGGCGGAUGUUACUGUCAGCUACAACAUCCAGGCAGAUGAUGAAGUCAUUACAGAACAAACGUCCUUGUCGUUUAACGAUUCUGGAUUCUACCGUGAUAUGUCGGACCAGAGAGCCUUGCUGUACGCAGUUACACUGACAAGGAAUAUAUUCGUACCCACAAAUGUGUUAGUUGGACUAAUGGGCAAUUUUCUGGCUCUGGCUGUUUUCACUGCCAGUCAUCAACGCCAUCUUUCUUCUAGUGGAUAUCUCGCAGCCUUGGCAUGCGCAGACAAUUUAUUCCUGGUCUCACUGUUUGUCACCUGGCUUGAUGGGAUUCGUCCAAUACUAAUGUCGGAUGGUUCUUGUAGGGUUAUAAUAUUUAUAACAUAUAUUUCCAGUUUUUUGUCAGUUUGGUACGUUGUCUGUUUUACUAGUGAACGAUAUAUAGCCAUAUGUCAUUCUUUAAGGGCGCCAAUGAUUCUGGGCAAACUUUCGGAGAAAGUGGUGGUGAUUGUCCUUGUCAUAUUAGCAUGUCUUCUGUAUAAUUUUGCCCUAUGGACAACGAGUGUUGCACAAUAUCGAGGACGGCCAAUCUGUAUUUCUGACGAUACAUAUUUUGAGUUGAUGAACAUAGUGACAUGGAUAGACACGGCAAUAACAAUGAUAAUACCAUUCUUAUUGAUUCUGUUCAUGAAUUUAAGAAUUGUAUGGUGUGUAUUUAUGUACCAGAAUAAGAGGCGGAGUAUUCUACAGACACACACAACGGCCGUAAAGAAUACGUCCCAGAUGAGAAUUACGCGGACCUUAUUGUUGGUCUCCACAACGUUCUUAGUCCUAAACCUCCCCAGUCACGUCAUACGUCUUGAACAGUUGAUCAUCUCGCACCGCGGACCAGUUCCUUUAUAUAAAAUGCUUAUUCAAGAACUCACUCAACUUAUCUACUAUUCAACGUUCAGUGUUAACUUUUUCCUCUAUGCCAUAUAUGGUAAACAUUUCAAACGAUCUUUGAAAAUCAUGCUCAACAACUUAUGUCGACGUAAGCAGCCGCGUGGUUCCGAAUGGUCUCGUUCUGAUUAUAAUCGGACGUCGCUAACGUCAAUGCAUAUGAUACAGAGGAACACUAAUGGAAGUAUGUCCAAGAACUACAAUGACUUGUAACAAUAAUAUGUGUCAUCUACAUAUUGUUAGAAUCGGCUUUAAUUUAGUUCAUUUGUCUAUCUGAGUCUCGAAUGUUCAAAUACCAGUUGCUGCUCUAUAUUUGUCAGAUAUUUUGGGUAGGAUGCAUUGCUCAUAUUAAACAUGCAUAAGAAAGCGGAAUAUGUUUCAGGGUAUGGGCUCCAUGAUAUACUGAUGACAACCACGCGUAUUGAUAAUAAAACAAUAUAUACACACCAGUCAUGUGUAACGGUUCUUAUUAAUUAACAAUAAAAUUUGCCACAGAAUCUCAAUCUUUGUCCAUAUUUAUCGCUAUGCUAGUAGAACAGUAGGACGUUUAACCCCAUUUCUUUUCUUUUUAUAACCAUGCUUAUGGUGGGGUAUUUCCGCACUCGACAAACCAUCACGCGAAUUGUUACGAGAAAUGGGUAUGGCGUGCUAUUAGUAUUUUACUCAAAUAAUGGAUGCCAACGAGAUUUCCGAGCAAUCCUUCGUGUGUUUUGACUUAUAAUCAAAGGUGUGCUGGGUGGGUAGGAAGGGUAGAUCGAAUAAACUAGACAGCAAUGCGGAGGCAGUUCAAGAUUCAAGCUUUUACCCUUUCUCGAUUUCCAACUUAGUUACAAAAUAAAGCCAAGGCUAUACCUCAGAUAUAUGUCAAAUCGUCUCUUAUCAUGUGUCAUAGAACCAAACAUUUAUUGGCACCAGAGGGAAAGACAGCCCCACGUCCAUUAAAGUGCCCUAAGCUUGGUCUGCCUACCCUUCUUCGAUGGCCCCAGCACGCCAUUGGCCAUAAUACUAUUUUUUUUUAGCGAAAACUGUUUCCGACAAAUGUUUCUUUUAAAUCAUUCAUUGAUGUUCUAACAUUUCAAGCAGUUUAGUUAUAUCACUCAUUUAUUUUGAUAAAACUAGCAUGGAAAAUUCACCGGAGAAUGAUCAGCAGUACCCAGAAAGGGUUCACUGGACAAGAAAAUAAUUACUUGUUUUAAAGGCAAAAGUUGGCGAAUGUGGGUGAAUAAACUUUGCAUGUGAGAUUCAGAAUCUUGCAUUUCCCAAAGAACGUGGGGCCGCGAUAGUCGGAUUUUAGGGAACACGGUCAGUACAUCUAGAAUAUCCUUGAAUGCCGGUGAUAAACUGUGGCUCAGUGGUAGGGUGACCCCUGCACCGUACAGAAAGUUGGUCUCGACACGGCGAAUGCACACGCUUCAGUGGCUUAUCUUGAAGUGAUUUCUCGCAUACACUACGCACUAUGAUAACACUCAGCGGAAGAGUCUAUGAUACUAUAAAUAGCCAUCGCACGUGCAAUUCUCUACACAUCUAUCGACUAUUACAGCCGUAAAAAAAAUCUAUUCUGAAUAGCAGUAAUAUUUAGCUUAUUGGUUAUUACAGCAGCUUUAGAAAUUACGUUCGUUUUAUUUUUUUUUUAUUGCUUUAUCAUUAACUGUACCAUUAGGAGCGGCAUCUUUUGGUUUAGUACAAAUAAUACCUCUGAAAUACUUGCGUUGGGCAAGAACAUGAUACUAGCAGUAGUUUCAUUUUACUUUUACAAGGUUCUUAAAACAAUUGUUGAGUUGCCCAACGUGCGUGUUUCUAAAUUCAAUUUAUUGUUCCGUUAUGCUUUCUGUUAUGUGUUCCAGCUUUCUGUUAUGUUUCGUAAAAAAGUAGUGUUGAUUAUCCCGGCCUGUUAAUCAAACGUAGCAUGGUCGGUAAACAGGUUAAGCGAGACUACAUUCAAAACAAGGGCAGGAACCUAUUUUCAACUCACAUGUACUCGGAUGUUAUGGCCGACAACCGGAACCAUCUUUCAGUGUAUUAUUUAUGGAUGAUUAAAUGGUCAUAGCUUAUUUAGUGACUAUAAAUGUUUGAAGCUGAUUUAAGGCUUGGUGUAUAUAUAGAUAUUGUGGUGUAAUUGUCGAGAUAUUUAUUUAUGGUGGGGCACCCUACUGUUAGUGGUUUGUUCCUGGUGUUGGCCGAGAAGGUUCCUCGGUAUACAUCGAGUGAGAUGCAAAUCCAAGGUCCCGUGCAUGUUGCCGUGCACGAAAAAGAACCAUUGACAGUUGGAAUUCGACAAAGAGUAAUCGGAAACACUGUUGUGUAGGUUAAAUUUCCCUCAUAGCACACUAUACGUUAUAUCCCGUUUGGUGCAGAAAAGUGGGAUGUUAAACCCAUUUCAUGUCACAUCUUUGAGAAAGCAUAGCUGCGCUGCUGACACCAAACCAGCUUUAUUACCUUGUAUAUGAAA